GGAAAUCCGCUGCAACUCACAGAGAGCUCCCUGACGUCAGCCCAGAGAGUCAGUCCCUCGUCUCAACUUCCUCGCCUUUAACACUUCCUGUACUUGUCGGUUAGUCCACCGAAAUCAAUUUAACAGGCGGUCGGAGGAGGCUGAAGUGAGAAUGAAUACUGACCAUGAGAUCGGUCUUCUGAUUGAAGAGAUUCGCCGCCUUGGAUCUCCAGGACCAGACGGUAAAAUCAGGGUGAAGUUCGGGGUGCUGUUCACCGACGAUAGAUGUGCCAAUCUUUUCGAAGCUCUGGUGGGGACUCUGAAAGCGGCUAAAAAGAGGAAGAAGAUCAGCUUCACUGAAGAGCUGCUACUACAAGGGGUUCAUGACAAUGUUGACAUAGUUUUAGAAGUGGAUUGAUGACGGGAAGGAUGUUUAGAGCCUCUGGGCUAAGAUGACGAUACCAUUGUAACCAGUGCUUUGGAAACACAGGAUAAACAUGUUUUUAUAUGCAAUUUGUAGUAUGAUUGAAGCUUUGGAUUUCUAAUAUGUAUUUGGAUUGUUUGAAAUGUAAAACCCAUUUAAUAAAGUCAAAGUCAAAGUUGA